AUGCAGUACCUUUAAAAAGUCACAUUUUGAAUACUUAUGAUUAACAAAUGUCUUCUUACCAUCCUGACGCCUGAUCCAUUGACUGGACACUGUACCAACCUACACUAUACUUCAUUUGGUUACUGAAAGUCACAGUGUAGAAUAAGUCAAAUAAAUUUGCAUGGAUACCUGCUGCACUGGAAAUAUAUUCACAGCAGUUACAGUUAGGAGUGGGUUCAGUGGAUACAUUUAGAAAGGGUGAAAGAACGAGGUUAGAGAGAGUGGCACCGAACAGAGUAACAAGUGAAAACAAGGGUCUUGUGAUGGCAUCUAGUCUGAUUCCUGGAUGUCAUGUAAUGAGCGAUCUUCUGACAAUCCGGGAGAAAGGUAUCCUCUUCACUCUGCUCGAACCUGAGUGUAAGCUGAUCAAAACUACAGUGGCACAGGUACUAGAGGCCAAAGAGCCCCAGCAUGAGAGUCCAGGCUGGCAUCGUUUAGGUUGUGGUGUGGUGUGUCUCAUUGAGGAUGAGUCUGUUCACUCAUACUUUCUGCGUCUCUACUGUGUCAAGCGUGCCAAGUUACUGUGGGAGCAGGAGUUGUAUAUCCCAUUCAAAUGUAAGUGA